AAAACCGAGAUGAUGUCUCUUAGACAACACAAUUAUCUCACUCAAUAGCUCUUCCAUAGACUCUACACAACAACCCAGUGAGCUCUUCAUCAUAUCAGCACGAUGAGAUCCUGGCUUCGCUCACUUGUCACGAUAGCUGCUUUGGCAGCCCCUAUCGUGGCAGAGACCUUUACCAACCCGGUCAUAUGGGAAGAGCUCGCCGACAAUGAGGUUCACCGCGUCGGAGACACCUACUACUUGACCGCAUCCACCAUGCACUACUCCCCCGGCGCUCCCAUCCUACGCUCUAAAGACUUGGUCAACUGGGAGUACGUCAGCCACUCGGUCCCGGUUCUCGACUGGAACUCGCAAUAUGACCUCGCGGAUGGGAAGAAUGCUUAUGUCAAGGGCAUCUGGGCAUCCUCUCUUCGGCACCGGGCGAGCAACGGCCUCUGGUACUUUGUAGCCUGCGUAGAGUUCUCAAAGACCUACCUAUCGGCCGACGGACUUUCAGAGACACAGCGAGAGACUGUGUUCCAGACGCCCAGUGACAUUGGUGCCCUCGAGGGUGCGCGCAUGUACAAGCGAGACGGAAACUAUUACAUCUUCCUUACGAGGCCGCCUGAUGGACAAUACGUACUAAAGUCAUCUAGCCCAUGGGGUCCGUACGAGGUCAAGGUCCUCGCCGACCGAAUUGCACUGAGCUCGGUUCCGAAUACAGGCUCGCCGCACCAGGGCAGUCUCGUAGACACCCAGAACGGAGACUGGUACUACGUGGGCUUCACAGACAUCUAUCCCGGUGGCCGCUCUCCCGUACUUGCUCCCAUCACUUGGGGAGACGAUGGUUUCCCGUCGCUGGUGACCGUCAACGGCGCCUGGGGAGACUACGAGUACCCGCGUCCCCGGGUAGAUGUGCCGAGCGCGCUUCGCACCGAUGAGUUUUCCGGCACGUCCCUCCGGCCUGAGUGGGAAUGGAAUCACAACCCUGAUGUCAGUGGUUUCGAGGUCAACAACGGACCCACGCUCCGUACCGUCACCGUGGCAUCCGAUCUGUACUCAGCUCACAACACUCUGACGCAUCGCAUUCGGGGUCCGAUUGGAACCGGCACCGUCCACCUCAAUGUUGCGAGCAUGGCUGACGGUGACCGCGUUGGACUCGCAGCGUUGCGCGACAAGUCCUCUUGGAUAGGCAUCGAACGCGAAGGGGACGUGUAUUCUAUCGUCACUGUCGGGGGCUUGACCAUGAACACCGACUGGACUACGAACUCGACGGGAGCAGUUGUCGAGCGCAGACCGUUGGCUGAUGCGAGAGAUGUCUACCUGAGAAUGGUAGCUGAUAUUCGGCCCGGUGGACCUGGCAAUGUUGUUUUCAGCUACAGCGUCGAUGGCCAGAAUUUCGAGACUGUUGGCGCGUCAUUCACGCUGUACAAUAACUGGGAGUUCUUUUUGGCAUUAGGGGGCUCUGUGCGAGUUUCGUCAUUCACCAAUGCCUAG